UUUCUAACAAGUACUUUCCACGUGUUCAUAUCAAAUGAAAAGGCGUCUCACAAAAACUCUGUGACAUUUGUUGUUCAGUUGGGCAAAAAGAAUUGCCUUCCAACGAUUGAUUGGAUUGAAGAACAUCUGCAAGUUGCUGAUUUGCUUGGGUCAAAGAAAUAAUAUGAGCUUGACGGAGAAAAAUAUAAGUGCUUUGCCAACUUCUGUUUGGGUUGGUCUUUUCCAUGAUUAUCCUCGUCUUGGAGGUAACAAUACUCUUGAAUUCACAGAAAAGUACGCAAUUCAUCAGUUUUACACUUGUCUUCCUUGGUUGAUAAGUGGUGCUGUCGUAUGUUUAAUAUAUCUAUUAGCAGUCUUGGUUUACACUCUUUACAAAAGGAGAACGGAAAGCUUGGGAUAUACGCCUGUCCCACCUAGUGAAAUAAUUCGCUCCUCAAAGCUUUCCAUUUUAUGUCGCACAGAAAUUUCUACUUUAUUGUACUUUAUACUGUUCUUUAGUAUAUCUCUUGGGUAUAUAUCAACUGUAUCGAUUGAUUAUUCUGCAGACGAAAUCUUCCAAGUAAUUGAUUCUGCAGCAAAGAAUUUUACGGAUACUGCUAACUUGGCAACUUCUUCCGUCCACUAUUUCGAACAGCUAGUUACUUCAGCGCUUCCUAGUUCGUUCGACUCUUCUAUUGAGUCAAGUUUGCAACAAAUCAACUCGCAAGUUUCAUCAUUUGUUUCUUCAUUGAAUGGAACGAUAUCCACCAUGAAUGCUGUGGCGAGUUAUGGACAUCGAGUAGUAUAUUAUUCUUUUAUUGGUGUUCUGAUCAUUAUAUCGCUUCAGAUAUUGGCAUUUUAUUAUUUUUAUUAUUCAACGAGUCGUUUUCAUGUGGGAAGAUGGCAUAUAGUUCAUUAUAUCAGCUCUAUUUUUGCUUUGUUACUUGCAUGGUGGUGUAUAGCGCUAUUCAUCGGUCUUGGCACCACAGUUGGCGAUACUUGUAUCUCUUUAAAGCAAGUGGAUGAAUACAAUUCUAAUAACUCGUUAUCUCCAACGUUGGUUCAGCAGAAUGUAUUUAUUCAAAAAGGAAUUGUCUGUCCUUCCUUACCAAGCAAUGUACUGGAUACGGUAGUUACGUUGGCAUCCAACUUACCUACCAUUGAAAGUUUUUUGCAACUCAAUAAUACGCAGUUUCUGAACGAAUUGGUUCCCUUCUUAUUGGAUGAACUUGCAACUGUCACCAACUGUACAAUAUUGACUAUUCCACUUACAACUGUUUAUGAGCAAGUUUGUGGUCCUUCUAUUAGUUUGGUUCAAGUCAUUGCUAUUGAUAUGUUUGCCUUUGUAUGUCAGGCUUUAAGUACGUUCCAGUUUAUUUCGGUUUGCAAUUCUUGACAUGCAUAAAUAUAGGUUGGUUGAUCCUU